AUAUGCAGUUGCUGGGUGAAGAACUGAGGACGUUGUCUAACGAUCUUAGGCUCGUUAUGUCGGCGAUUAGUAAACCAGAGGUGGCGAGCGCGAUUCGUGUCAGUAGCAAGAAACAAGAAGAUACGAAAGGACAGUCAAGAAAAUGGACUGCAGACAUACUCAUACAGACGGCUGCUUCUUCACUAAAGGGUUUGCGUCACGUUCUUCAAGAGUUUAUCCAUUUCCUUGGCAGUAGUUGCUUGUUGUCUGGUAGUCAAUCAGAAAGGCCGUCGACUGCAGGCUUAACUGUAGGUCAGUUAGUUGCAAAUUUAUGGAAAAACAUGAUUCAAACGAGAGACAGAAUGGACGACGUCAAAUCUCAGCUUGAGUAUAAGUGCAGCUUGGUGGAGACUAAGAAUGAAGAGGUGGUCAUGCUGAGGACUGUCCUAGCACAGCAGAAAGUAAAUCAUCGUGGUUCGUCUGUUUCUAUGAGUCACAUGUUGGGCGGGCUCUCUAGCACUGCCGUGACUUCUCAUCAAUCAGUUUGGGAGACACAAGAGAGACAGGCUUGUUUAGCUAGUGCUAGUGCUAGUUCAGUCGAGGAAAGCCUUUCAAGACGGUCAGAGCGGACGGUGAAGACUGCAGCCGAUGUGAUGAAAGUGUCUGUUGUUGAUGUGUCGUGUCAAACUGUGGAGACUGAGUUUGGUCAGUGUAAUGUAUGUACAGAUACAGCAAGCUGUCUUCUUGGUGUACACACAGUUGUGGCAAAGUUAUUUGAUAAGUACGGACUGACGAUGUCUCAAAAAGCAAAAUGGUUGAAAGCAGGCAUCAUGUCUUCCACGGGUGUAACAAAAUGGAUGUCCAGCUGGCACACUGAUUUGGAAACGGUGGAUAACUAUAUUCAAGAUGCACAGGAGAGGGAAGCUUUACUAGAAACGGAACUCGUUUCUAAAGAGAAGACACUCAUUGAGACAUUAGCACAGACUGAUGAUCUACAACUGCAGAUUGAGCAGCUAGAAUUGAGUUUAAACCAAAUACGUAACGAUCAUCAGACUCAGUUGCGGUCUAUUAGGGAUGAGUUUUCUAGAAAGAAGCAUGAACUUGAAGCUCUCAACAAACGACUAGAAGACCAGUUAAAGGAAAUCAGAGCAAACGAACACAAGUUGGAAGCAGCACUUGAUGAACGAAUGAAAUCAUGUCAUAACCUUGAGGUUGAGGUGAGCACCCUGAGAGAUGAGGUGGCAUCUAAAGAUUGUAUGGUCGAGGAGAAAAGACGUUUGGCUGCUGAUCUUCUUCAUGUUCAGAAUGAUCUCAGUAUCACUCGUGCAUCGUUAGAGAAACAUGUCAAAGAGCUGGGGGAGGUACAUGGACAGAACUCGUGGUUUAGCCAACAGCUGCAGUCUUCUCAGAGUGGAAAUGUGGCACUUAUUCAACAACUUACCACUCUUGAAGAAGAAUGUAGCAGCUUGCAGACAAAACUAAAUGACACCGAGUCAAGCAUUGAGGAUCUGUCCUCUCAGCUUGUGACAGUUCAAAAUGAAAAAGAUACAGCGUGUUCUCAGGUGGAUAGAUUGAACCAACGAAGUCAUCAGUUGCAGUUGGAAAAGAAGAGUCUGGAGAAGACCAUGAAACGACUAAAAACAGAAACAGAAAGACUACAGCAUCAAGUUGAAGAGGAGAAGAACAAGCAGCAGUUGCUCAUGGAUUAUCCUACUCCUACAGGUGGGAUGGUUGCUCAUCCUGAGCAACAGAUUGCUGCAAAUAAUGUGAGAAUAAUGCUGUUGGAAGAGUCGAACGAGGAGCUGCGAGCACAAUGUGCGCCACAGCAAUUGGAUAGUGUUCAUGAGGUAAAAUCUCCCGUUGUUCUUUGGAAACAGCAGAAUCUUAGUGAACUUCAAUUGUCUGAGGAAAAAAGCAAACAUGUUGAACGUCGACCACUUGGUACUGUAUCAUCUUCUCUCAGUGUAAACACACUUCUUGUCAGUCCUCCAGCUUCUCCAGCAUCAGACGAAUCACUAGAUGAACGCAUCCAAACAACACCAUCUCAACAGCAAAUGUUUGCUACAGUUAUUAGUGUACCACAUCUCCCUGCUGGCAGUGGUCGCGCUGCAGCUUCUCGUAUUCGCAAUUCAACUCAAGGAGCACCACGAGAUCUGCACAGCAGCUCAGUGCCAACAGUUUCAAAUGUUGGUUCAAGCACUCGUACUCUGUGCAGUGGAGAUGCUUUAAGUCUCAUGCAAAGGGCAAGGAAAGUAGCUCGCAUGACAGCUAGUGCAGACAGCCGAAGAGGAUGGCAACAAACAAGCAACAAGUCAAACUCUGGAGGACUGAGUGACCAUGUUAGUUGAGAUCGAAACUUGUUUGUGAAAAAAUUGUUUGGAAUGGACAUCUUAGUAUUAUAAUUCAUACACUUGGAAUUGACUUUUGUGAUGCAUAUUAAUAUUAACAAGUUAAUUUAUUUGAAAUAAUAUAUUGAACAUACAGUAUGGUCAGUGGAUAA